GUCGCUGCGCGCGGUGCUGAUGCGGGAGAGUGACGCUGCUCGCGCGCUCUGUCUCGAUGGGUUUCCUCGGGAUGUUUCUGUUUCUGCUCGGGAUUAUCGCGUUUGGGAUGUAGGAUCAGCUUUAGUUGGAGGAUGAUUCACAGCCAGCUCGCACUGUCACCGUGACUCCUGACCUUCUCCUCAGGGUUUGAUGUGCGUGAGUUGCUGACUCAUAAUGCUGCUACACCUGUGUAGUGUGAAGAACCUGUACCAGAGCCGGCUCGUGGGCCUGGCGUCGAUGGCCUCUCCGUCCAGGAGCGCUCAGACCCGGCGCCGCUGUAAGGAUGGGUCCCGGCUCGGCUUGGCUCACACUGAAGCGCUGGUUCUGCCCCGAUCCACCAGUGACACGGAUCUGGUGUCCCUGCAGACCCGGUCCACCCUGACCGUCAGCUCCUCCCUCUUCUGCCUCGGCCAAUCAGAGGACAUCGUCAUCAGCUGGGACGUCACCGAGGAGGUGGACGCCGGAGACUGGAUCGGCAUGUACCUUAUUGACGAGGUUCUGUCAGAAAACUUUCUGGACUACAAGAGUCGAGGAGUGAGCGGCUCGCACCGAGGCCAGAUCGUGUGGAGGAUCGACGCCAGCUUGUACUUUAUGGAGGCCGAGACGAAGGUUUGCUUCAAAUAUUAUCAUGGUCUGAGUGGAGCUCUCAGAGCCACAACACCCAGCGUGACAGUGAGGAACCCCUCGUCCUCUGCUCUGAAGCCGGUCAUCAGUGCAGAUCUCCCUCAGACUGGCAGCCGGAGGCUCAUCAGCUUCUCUCUGUCAGGCCUUCAGGCAGUCGGUCUAAAGAAAGGGAUGUUCUUUAAUCCCGACCCAUAUCUGAAGAUCUCCAUCCAGCCGGGAAAGCACAGCAUCUUCCCAGCUCUUCCUCAUCACGGACAGGAGAAACGGUCCGGCAUCAUCUGCAACACGGUCCAGCCCGUCUGGAAGAGAGAGAGAUUUAGCUUUGUGUCCCUGCCGACGGACGUUUUGGAGAUUGAGGUAAAAGAUAAAUUUGCCAAGAGCAGACCCAUCAUCAAACGCUUUCUGGGAAAGUUGGUCGUGCCUGUACAGAGGCUGCUGGAGAAGAAUGCUAUCGGGGACCGUGUGGUGAGUUACACUUUAGGCCGACGGCUCCCAACAGAUCAUGUCAGCGGCCAGUUGCAGUUUCGUUUUGAGAUAACCUCAUCAAUUCAUCCAGAUGAUGAAGAAGUAUCCCUCAAUGCAAUGCCAGUGUUUGAUGUGGUACCUGACCAGGAGGCUGAGCUGGAGCCCGACGAGGACCAACCAGGAGCUUCUGAUCUGCCUAUGGAAGAUGCAUUGAGUUUGGGACCUGACAUCCAGGAGCCGCCUGCCGAAAGUCCUCUCGAAGUAGAGACCCAAGAUGCUGUGCUGCUUACUUCAAUAGCUGAUCCCCAACCGGAAGCUGAAGGAUCAGCCGAUGAGCUUGUAACAGCUCAAGGAGAGACACUAUUGAGUGAUGCCACUCAAGGAGAAACUGAGGAGCAAGACCCUGGAAAAAUAGAGUCCAAUGAAACUGUGACUGAGACUCCUUUGGAGGAACUGGAGAACCAUGAUGCUGAAGACACAUGUGGAGAUGAAAUGGGAGCAACUGGAGAGCAUGCAGAGAUUGAGAGAAGCUCAGAGCAUGUUGACACAAGGGUGGAAGGAGAUGGGAAUGAGGAAGAACCCUGUUCCCCAAGGAUGCGAGGUGCCUUGAAGCGAAAAAGCCGACCCUGUUCGCUUCCAGUGUCCGAAUUAGAGACAGUCAUCGCCUCAGCCUGUGAAGAACCCGAGACGCCACGGUCUCACUACAUCCGCAUUCAUCAUUUGCUGCACAGCUUGCCGUCAGCUCAAUGCCACCAUGACAGCCAAGAUGAAGACGAAGUUCUUGAUCCAGAAUCAGAGGAAAUCACUGUCAAACCCCAAGAGGACAAAGAGGAGGAUGAAGAUGAGGUGUCUGAAGCUCAGUCUCCGUCAAUCGUGCCCGAGUGUCCUAGACCGUGUUGCAGGCGUACCUUACCACGUAGCCUCUCCAUCGAGCGCUUGUCCGAACUCAACCAACUCCUGGAGGGGGAAAGACCCUCACCUCGCACCCUUCGGCCGGACAGCGAAGACGGGGAAGUGUGUGUAAGCAGAAGGGAUCCUCGAGUGAGUGAGUGUGAACUGUGUGACAACUCCUGCUACAGCACUUCCUGCUACAGCACUUCCUGUUACAGCACUUCCUGUUACAGUAACUCGGGUUACGAGGGUCGUAACCACCUGUGCAGCCACACACGUCUCUCUUCGGUCGACAGCACACGCCUGUCGGAGAGCACUGUCUUCUCCUCGCAGGAGGAAGAGGAGGAAGAGAACAGUGCUUUUGAAUCCGUCUCGGACUCGAUGCAGAGUCCAGAGAUCAGGGAGCCAGGAGACGGGUCGGUUCAGUGGAGGGAGUCGUCCUCAGAGGACAGUCCCCAGAGAGAAGGGGCGGUGGAGGUGUCGCCAGGAGCUGGGCCCAGUGUUACCUCAUCAGGCAGUUGUCAUUUGCAGAUCAGUCAUCAUGCGUUCACUCAUCUUCCUGAUCCCCAUCAUUACACAAGUGUUGAUCAACCAUUACCACCAAACUGGGAAGCGCGGAUAGACAGCCACGGCCGUGUCUUCUACGUGGAUCAUGUGAACCGCAGCACCACAUGGCAGAAGCCGAUCCAUGCGGCCAAACGCUCCGGCAUCCCGAGAUCCGGAUCCACACACCAGAUGGAGCAGCUCAACCGCAGGUACCAGAACAUCCAGCGGACGAUGGCCAGCGAAGACGAGCCGCAGAGGAACACCGCUGGAGACGCCGAGAGGGACGCCACCACACACACCGCAGAUCCGAGAAGAGAAGGUUGUUCGUCUCCUGUGAACACUCAGAACGUCACGCUUCUGCUCCAGUGUCCCACCGUCAAGUUCGUCACACACCCAGAAUUCUUCACGGUCCUCCAUGCAAACUACGGUGCUUAUAGGAUGUUUACUAACAGCACCUGCCUGAAGCACAUGAUCCUGAAAAUACGGCGAGACGCGCGCAACUUUGAGCGAUAUCAACACAACCGGGACCUCGUCACUUUCCUCAACAAAUUCUCUGAUACUCAGCUGGAGCUCCCGAGAGGCUGGGAGAUCAAGACUGACCCGCAGGGCAAGUCAUUCUUCGUGGACCACAACAGUCGGGCAACGACCUUCAUUGACCCCAGGAUUCCCCUUCAGAACGGACGACUGCCCAACCACCUCACACACAGACAACACUUACAGAGACUGCGCAGCUAUAGUGCCGGAGAGGCAUCAGACGUGUCCCGCAGCAGAGGAUCUUCUCUGGGGAACAGACCUGGAAACAGUCCAAACCAGCCGGACUCAGUGCCUCUGGCUUACAAUGACAAGAUUGUGGCUUUCCUCCGCCAGCCAAACAUACUGGACACACUGCAGGAACGGCAGCCUAGUCUCGCCAGGAAUCACACACUCAGGGAGAAAAUCCAUUACAUCAGGACUGAAGGUCCUCAAGGUGUUGAAAAGCUGUCGUGUGACGCCGACCUGGUCAUGCUGUUGAGUCUCUUUGAUGACGAGAUCAUGUCGUUUAUUCCAUCUCACUCCUUCCACCCCGGCCUGAGCUUCUCCCCUCGCUGCUCUCCUGGAUCCUCGCCUCAGAGUUCACCUGGCUUGCAGAGGGCCAGAGCGCCGGCUCCGUACCGCAGAGACUUUGAGGCAAAACUGCGCAAUUUUUACAGAAAGCUGGAGGCUAAAGGCUACGGCCAGGGGCCCGGGAAAAUUAAGCUCAUCAUCCGAAGGGAACACUUACUGGAAGGCACUUUUAAUCAAGUAAUGGCGUACUCGCGUAAAGAGCUCCAGAAAAACAAGCUCUACAUUGCCUUUGUGGGAGAGGAAGGUUUGGACUACAGCGGGCCAUCGCGGGAAUUCUUUUUCCUGUUGUCUCAGGAGAUGUUUAACCCGUACUACGGUCUGUUUGAGUACUCGGCCAAUGACACGUAUAUGGUGCAGAUCAGCCCCAUGUCUGCAUUUGUAGAGAACCAUUUGGAAUGGUUCCGUUUCAGCGGCCGUAUUUUGGGUCUGGCUCUGAUCCACCAGUAUCUAUUGGAUGCUUUCUUCACCCGUCCUUUCUACAAAGCCCUACUCAGACUAGUGACAGAUUUGAGUGAUUUGGAAUACCUGGAUGAGGAGUUCCACCAGAGCUUACAAUGGAUGAAGGACAACGACAUCACUGACAUCUUGGAUCUAACGUUUACAGUCAAUGAGGAGGUCUUUGGACAGGUGACGGAGAGGGAACUGAAGUCGGGGGGCUCCAAUAUCCAAGUGACAGAGAAGAACAAGAAGGAGUACAUUGAGCGAAUGGCAAGAUGGAGGGUGGAGAGAGGGGUUAUGCAGCAGACCGAAGCCCUUGUAAGAGGUUUCUAUGAGGUCGUAGACUCCCGUCUGGUUUCAGUGUUCGAUGCUCGGGAGCUGGAGUUGGUCAUUGCAGGAACGGCUGAGAUCGAUUUGAACGACUGGAGAUCCAACACAGAAUAUAGAGGAGGUUACCAUGAUGGGCACAUUGUGAUGCGCUGGUUCUGGGCCGCGGUGGAGCGCUUCAACAAUGAGCAGAGGUUGCGUUUGCUCCAGUUCGUGACGGGCACGUCCAGUGUCCCCUAUGAGGGAUUCGCAGCGCUGAGGGGGAGCAACGGCCUGAGGCGCUUCUGCAUCGAGAAGUGGGGAAAGAUAACCUCUCUGCCAAGGGCUCACACGUGCUUCAACCGUCUGGAUCUGCCUCCCUAUCCAUCGCACACGAUGCUGUACGAGAAGCUCCUGACGGCGGUGGAGGAGACCAGCACCUUUGGUCUGGAGUGAAGAAGGGACACUUGGUGGAGAAUAGAUUUUUUUUUUAAUUACUGUAAAUAAAUUGUUUUUUCAAUAACUCAAGCCACAAGAGACUUUUUAAAGAUUUUUAAAGUAAAUAAAUCUGGGCAUUUUGUUUUUAAAUGACUUGAAAUAGCAUGUUUCUGCACUAAAAUACAAGAUAUGUAGUACUUUUCUGUAUUUGC